AUGGCGGCAACAACAGUCACGCUAGAGGCGCUUCAGACUAACGACGUCCCAUUCGAGGCGCUGGAAGACGCCUUUGGACCCUCCUCUCUAGGCAUCCUCGUUGUCAAGGAUCUGCCCGCAAGGUUCGCGGACCUACGACUUCGCCUACUUUCUUAUGCCUCAUAUCUGGCACAGCUGCCAUCAGAUCAGCUGCAAGCACUGGUUGAUGAGAAGUCUCAUUAUGAGCUAGGUUGGAGCCACGGCGUAGAGGCGCUCAAGGACGGACAGUAUGACACCAUGAAAGGAUCAUUCUACGUGGAUUGUCAAUGUUUUUAUCUGAAGAAUCCCAGAGUACCUGUACCUGGCCAGCCUGUUACUCGAGGUGCAGGGCAAAAUCUCUGGCCAUCCGAAGAAGCGAUCCCGGGCUUCCGAAAGACUUUCGAGGAGUUGUGUACCUUGUUGAUCGACAUUGGAGCGUUGGUGGCAAAAGCAGUUGACUCGUACGCGGAAAAGAAGAUUGAAGGCUACGAGAAAGGGUACCUCGAAAACGUAGUGCGGACGAGUCACACCCCCAAAGCGAGGCUGCUGCACUACUUUCCACCACUCUCGAGAGACGGCGACUCACCAGGACCGGAAUCGAGCGCAAAUUCAGCAGCUGACUCAGAUGAGGAUUCCUGGUGUGCUACACAUCUCGAUGAUGGCUGUCUAACGGCACUGACGUCUGCUCUAUUUGUGGAUGAAGCUUCAGGACUGCGGCCCAUCACCGAUGCCACUGCACUCCCAAAAUUGAACGUUCUAACAAAAUCACCCGAUCCAAAAGCUGGUCUUUACAUCCGAUCUCGAGGCGAUAGCGUGGUCAAAGUCAACAUUCCGGCUGACUGCAUUGCUUUCCAGACAGGCGAAGCGCUCGAGAAGAUCACUGGCGGGCGAUUCAAGGCUGUGCCACAUUUCGUGAGAGGCCCAAGCAGUAAUGACGGCUCGAAAGUAGCGAGGAAUACACUGGCGCUGUUCAUGCAGCCCGAUCUGGACGAAGUCAUCGAUAAGGCAUCCGGUCUGACUUAUGGCAAGUUCGUCGAGAUGAUCGUCGCUAAGCAUGCAUAG